AUAUAUAUAUAUGACAAAUACAAGUGUUAGAUGUGGGUGUGCAAAAAAGACAAUAGAGAAAGGGGGGAGAAAAAAAAGAAAUGGAGUCCAGUGUGGUACUUGGGUACAGAAAUUUUUAAUAAAAAUGUAAUAUGUUUUAUCUCAAGAUCAAAUAUGCUUUAAUAAUUUAAAUUUUAAACAAAAUAGGUAACUCUUUGCAGUCUCCUAAGUACCAUGUGAUUACCAAGUGAAAUACUUUACUGUAUAUUACUAUGUAAUUGAACUAAUUUGAGUGCCAAUUAUAAUUAAAUUACUGUUUAAUAGUACCUAAAUUACCUAUUAUUUAACAAAAUAAAUGACCACACAUUACCAUAUACAGUGUAUCACUACGUUACUAAAGCUGAUUGGUGGGUAAUUGUGAUACCUUCUUUAUGGAUUACACAGUAAAUUUAAGCAGACUUUAUAUUUUAAGCAGAUAUCAUAAAACUCAUGCUUUAUACACAGGUUAAUCUUCAUUUAACCUGUGCAUAAACUAGCAGCAAUAAAGUACUCCACAAGUAGAUGCAAAUCCUGUGCUUGAGAGCUAUGUGUUCAAGAGUUUAGUUGAAAAGUCAGUAGGAGGCAGCAUCAUUUCUUCUGAUUACUUUGCUGCUGCCUUCACUAGUGUCAGAUUUCACUUCCUGACUACCAACAUGAAGUUCUACAUUAAACACGUUUGCUGUCUUCUGUUUGUUGUUUUUCUUGGCGUCACUGCAGAUUUGCAAGCACCAGAGGUCCAAACCAAGCUUGGCAGACUGAGAGGUCAGUAUGUGAGCGUAAAGGGGAAGGAGAGCGGCGUCCACGCCUUCCUGGGCGUCCCUUUUGCUAAGCCUCCUCUCGGCCCCACCCUGAGACUGGCCGCACCUCAGCCUGCAGAGGGAUGGCAAGGACUGAGAGACGCCAUGAAGCAACCCAACAUGUGCAUUCAAAGUAUGGAUGUUGCCAAUGAACUGAUUGAUAAACUCGGUUUGCUGAUAUCAGAAGUCCCAGAGCGUUCAGAAGACUGUCUGUACCUCAACAUUUACAGCCCUGCAAAUAGAGCUCCUGAUGCCAAGCUCCCUGUCAUGGUGUGGAUCCACGGUGGAGGCUUUGUGGUUGGAUCUGCUUCGUCAUAUGACGGCUCUGCUCUGGCUGCAUACCAGGAUGUUGUUGUGGUUCUGAUCCAGUAUCGCCUGGGAGCUCUGGGCUUUGUCAGCACCGGAGAUGAGCAUGUGCCAGGAAACUUUGGCCUUUUGGACCAGAUCCAAGCCCUGAAGUGGGUCAAGGAGAAUAUUCACAGCUUUGGAGGAAACCCAGAUUUAGUCACCAUAUUUGGGGUGUCUGCUGGUGGUAUUAGCGUUUCACUCUUACUUCUGUCUCCGUUAUCCGAUGGCCUGUUUCACCGAGCCAUUGCUCAGAGUGGUACAGCUGCAAUGGAUAUCCUGAUGAAUGAUCCUGUGCCAGUAAUGGAGGCAGUAGCAAAUGCUACAGGCUGUAGUCUUGAAAGCACAGAGAAGAUUGCUGAAUGCAUGAGAAACCUGGACACUGAUACCAUACUGGCGUUAGGGAAGGAUCCAUUUUUGAGAUAUCCAAUACAUGUUGAUGGCCACUUCCUGACUGAGCCUGUCCCUGAGCUGCUCCAGAAGCACAAACUCCUCACUGUGCCAUUCAUAACCGGUGUUAAUAAUCAUGAAGGAGGUUUUGUUGUUGGUGAUCACUUUGCUCCUCCAAACUGGAGAGAAGGAAUGGAUCGAGAGCAGGUUGUGGACAUGGUGUCUAUGCUUUACCCUCUUGCCCAAGAUGCAGCCAUUGGAGAUCUGAUUGUGACGACGUAUGUCGGAUCUGGUGAAAACCGCAUCAGAAACAGAGAUGGAUAUACUGAAUUUAUAGGAGAUUUCUUUUUUUCCACCCCGGCCGUGAAAGUAGCAAAUGCUCACAGAGAUGCAGGUGCUGAUGUGUUCUUGUAUGAAUAUCAUCACGUCCCCAACUUUCAAAAGAAAAGAAGGCCCAGCUUUGUUAAGUGCGACCAUCUAGAUGAGGUCUUUAUGGUGCAGGGAUACUGCUUUACAACUACACAUGCAAUAUUAACUGAUGCAUGUCCUGAAGAGGAGGAAGAGUUUAGCAAAAUCAUGAUGAACUACUGGGGCAACUUCGCUCGCACAGGGUCUCCUAAUGGCGAUGGCCUCGUCAAGUGGCCCAGGUAUGGAGCGGAGGAAAAGUACCUGUCUCUCGAUUUGAAGGAGCAGGUGUCUGGUCAGUCCCUCAGGAAGGACCGGUUCGUCUUUGUGACCCAAACUCUGCCAGAGAAGAUCAAGAAGCUUCAGGAGGACGUGCAGCACAGUGAGUUGUAGUGCAGACUUAUCAAGAUUUAAAAACAGUGCAAGAGUGAAACGAUCUUUUUACUAGUGUGUUGUCAUUUUAAAGACACCUACCUACUGUCAAUACUGGUUAUGCUGGGAUUUUAUUUUACUUUUACAGGAUUCCU